CCUGCUCGACCGUACAGUCCUCGUAGACUAGCUGGCCACUUUCUCCGCUUCCCGCUGAACCUACUCGACCGCCAGAUCCCCACGCCACGCUCCCAUCACCAAUUCACCACCAUCGUCCAUAGCCUCCUCCCGCUUGAAGUACCCCGUGCUGGAGUCCAAGAACCCGCCCUCGAGGCCCAGGUGGAGACAUGGGAUGUUGCUUCAGCAAGAAGCGCAAGACCCGUCCGGUGGCCGGAGCCUCUGCCUUCCCGCACCGGUGCGAGCCCGAGGACCGCGACCCGCCGUCGCCAGAGGAGACGGUCAAGGAGGUGCUCUCGGAGACACCGAACACUAAGCCGAGGGCCGAGUCGAAGCUCGUCGGCAAUGGCGUCGUCCCCGCCGCGGACGAGCGGGAAUUGGAGAAGGCCAAGAAGCAGGACAGCGUCGACGCCGCGGUGAGCGACCUCGGCAGCUGCGUGUCGCUCUCGCUCGCCACCGACGAGCGGUCCGAGGCGGUGUCGGAGUCCUCGGUCGCCACCAGCUCGGUGACCGGUCCGGAGCGGUCGCCCGGGAGGAAGCCGGCCAGGAGGCGCCCGGUCUCCGUCGAUCUGGGGCCAGCGCGGCGCGCCCACGCCGCCGCCGCGGCCUCCUACGGCGUCCGCUCCCGCAGCGCGCGAGCGUCGGCGUCCCCGCCGCCGCGGCACGUGCCACGGGACCGCUCCGUCCGGCGUUCGCCGUCGCCGGCGGCCAAUCGGCCGUCCUCUGAGCGCCGCAGAGCCGCCAGCCCAGCUGCGCCCGUGCAGCGGAAGCCGCCUGUCCCGGCAAGUCCGGCCGGCCGCGUCUCGCCGCGGCGGGCACAGGAAGCAGCAACUCCUCCGCGUUCCGCCACCCCGCCGUCGCCGCCGGAAGACGACGCCGUCACCGCGGCAAGUGAGCCCAGCACCCCGGACGGCAGCGCGGGUGGCGAUGUUGAAGGUGGCCACGGCGGCGGCGGCGACGACGGGAAAGAGUCGUUGGAGAACCCGCUAGUGUCAUUGGAAUGUUUCAUCUUCCUGUAGCGCUGCGCUGGUGCAGUGAUGUGAUCUCUCGCGCCAUUCCCCUUCGAAAGCCUUGGGCUAGCUAAUCGGGUUUAGUCUGUUUAGAUGCUAGCGCAGCAGUUAGUUGUAGCCUUGUAGGGGGCAUGGUGAUUCAGCGACCUUCCGUUAACUUUGACUUUUCAGAGCCGUGUCUGACGAUGUGCUUUGGCUUUUGGCGUCCUAUAUUGCAGAGAUGUUUCUGUAA